AAGCUGAUAGCCUGAAAUUCCCAACCAAUCCCUUGAAAAAUCUGAAAUUCUAGAAAAACCCUUAGGGUACAACAUCCCAGCAGCACAGCCCCUGGUACAACACGAGAGAAGCAGAGUGGGUGGUUUUGAAUUUUUACUAGAAAGUAAAAAUGAAAAAUAAAGAAAAGCAAGAAUAAAAACGAGAAGUGACGGUUACUGGACAUAAAUAUAACAGUGCCACUGCUCUGCAUGCGGUUCUUCUUCUGUGUUUGGGCUUUUGCUUUGUUUUUUUUUUUUUUUGUUUGUUGUAGAUUUGAAGUUGUUGGGUUGUUCUCAUUUUUGUUCCUGAACAACAAUCUAAAUUCAAGAUUAACUCUUUGAAACUGGCAACUUAAAGUUUUUGUUUCUAGGAGUUUUGAGCUUUAGAGGAAGAAAGAUGGGGGACAAAAAUGAAGUCUUGGAGGCUGUGUUGAAGGAAACUGUGGAUUUGGAAAAUAUACCCAUUGAAGAAGUUUUGGAGAAUCUGAGAUGUAGCAGAGAAGGUCUUACUACUGACGCUGCUGAGGAAAGGCUGGCCAUUUUUGGACACAACAAGCUUGAAGAGAAAAAGGAGAGCAAAUUCUUGAAAUUUUUGGGUUUUAUGUGGAAUCCUCUGUCAUGGGUUAUGGAAGUUGCCGCUAUCAUGGCCAUUGCUCUUGCAAAUGGAGGAGGCAAGCCGCCAGAUUGGCAAGACUUUGUUGGUAUCAUUACUCUGCUUAUCAUCAACUCUACCAUCAGUUUUAUUGAGGAAAACAAUGCUGGUAAUGCAGCGGCUGCUCUCAUGGCUCGUCUUGCUCCUAAAGCAAAGGUUCUUCGAGAUGGAAGGUGGAGCGAGCAGGAAGCUGCUAUUUUGGUGCCCGGGGACAUAAUAAGUAUCAAACUAGGUGAUAUUAUUCCUGCUGAUGCCCGAUUGCUUGAGGGUGAUCCACUUAAGAUUGAUCAGUCUGCACUAACUGGAGAGUCCCUCCCUGUAACAAAAGGACCUGGUGAUGGUAUUUACUCUGGUUCUACUUGCAAACAAGGAGAGAUUGAAGCAGUGGUUAUUGCUACUGGUGUCCAUACUUUCUUUGGGAAGGCUGCUCACCUUGUUGAUACUACUAACCAAGUUGGCCAUUUCCAAAAGGUCUUGACGGCAAUAGGAAAUUUCUGCAUAUGCUCUAUUGCAGUAGGGAUGAUAAUAGAAAUAAUUGUCAUGUAUCCAAUUCAAGACCGGCAGUACCGUCCUGGAAUUGACAAUCUUCUUGUUCUUCUCAUUGGUGGAAUCCCGAUUGCCAUGCCUACAGUUUUGUCAGUUACUAUGGCUAUUGGUUCUCAUAGGCUAUCUCAGCAGGGGGCUAUCACAAAGAGAAUGACUGCAAUUGAAGAGAUGGCAGGCAUGGAUGUCCUUUGCAGCGAUAAGACCGGAACUCUGACGCUGAACAAACUUACCGUUGACAAAAAUCUUAUUGAGGUCUUUGCCAAAGGAGUAGAUGCAGACACUGUAGUUCUAAUGGCUGCCCGAGCCUCUAGAACAGAGAACCAAGAUGCAAUAGAUUCUGCGAUAGUUGGGAUGCUGGCUGAUCCAAAGGAGGCACGUGCUGGCAUUCAAGAAGUACACUUCCUUCCAUUCAAUCCUACAGAUAAGAGAACAGCUCUAACCUAUAUUGACAGUGAUAGUAAAAUGCAGAGAGUCAGUAAAGGUGCACCAGAGCAGAUCUUAAAUCUUGCAUACAAUAGGUCAGAUAUUGAGCGAAGAGUUCACGCAGUCAUUGAUAAGUUUGCAGAGCGAGGUUUACGAUCUCUUGCAGUGGCAUAUCAGGAAGUUCCAGAUGGAAGGAAAGAGAGUUCAGGUGGCCCAUGGCAGUUCAUUGGUCUCAUGCCUCUCUUUGAUCCCCCUCGGCAUGACAGUGCAGAGACAAUUAGGAGGGCUUUGAACCUUGGCGUAAACGUCAAAAUGAUUACAGGAGAUCAACUGGCAAUAGGAAAGGAGACUGGGCGCCGUUUGGGCAUGGGGACCAACAUGUAUCCUUCAUCUGCUUUGUUGGGACAGGACAAGGAUGAAUCUAUAGCAGCCUUGCCAGUUGAUGAACUAAUAGAAAAAGCUGAUGGCUUUGCUGGUGUUUUCCCAGAACACAAAUAUGAAAUAGUAAAACGCUUGCAAGCCAGGAAACACAUCUGUGGCAUGACUGGUGAUGGAGUUAAUGAUGCUCCAGCUCUUAAGAAGGCUGACAUUGGUAUAGCUGUCGCUGAUGCAACUGAUGCAGCACGUAGUGCUUCUGACAUUGUCCUUACAGAACCCGGACUUAGUGUCAUCAUCAGUGCCGUCUUGACCAGUCGUGCCAUUUUCCAAAGGAUGAAAAAUUACACUAUUUAUGCAGUUUCUAUCACAAUCCGUAUUGUGUUGGGAUUCAUGCUGCUGGCCCUCAUCUGGAAAUUUGACUUUCCGCCAUUCAUGGUGCUUAUCAUUGCGAUCCUCAAUGAUGGUACCAUUAUGACAAUAUCGAAGGACAGGGUCAAACCAUCACCUCUACCAGACAGCUGGAAGCUGGCGGAAAUUUUUACUACUGGAAUUGUUCUUGGUAGUUACUUGGCAGUGAUGACGGUUAUAUUCUUUUGGGCUGCAUACAAAACAGACUUCUUUCCACGCACAUUUGGGGUGCCGACUCUUGAGAAAACGGCUCAUGAUGACUACAGAAAGCUUGCCUCAGCUGUGUAUUUGCAAGUGAGCAUUAUAAGUCAGGCCUUAAUAUUUGUAACACGAUCUAGAAGUUGGUCUUACAUUGAGCGUCCAGGUUUACUACUAGUGGUGGCUUUUGUGGUAGCUCAGUUGAUUGCUACACUUAUUGCGGUCUAUGCGAAUUGGAGCUUUGCUGCAAUUGAAGGGAUUGGAUGGGGUUGGGCUGGUGUGAUCUGGCUCUAUAACAUAAUCUUCUAUAUCCCACUUGAUUUCAUCAAGUUCUUCAUUCGCUAUGCUUUGAGUGGCAGGGCCUGGGAUCUUGUUAUUGAGCAGAGGAUUGCGUUCACAAGGCAAAAAGAUUUUGGAAAAGAACAACGUGAGCUUCAAUGGGCACAUGCACAGAGGACAUUGCAUGGUUUGCAGGCUCCUGAUACCAAGAUGUUUACUGAGCGAACCCAUUUCACAGAGCUCAAUCAAAUGGCCGAGGAAGCCAAAAGGAGAGCUGAAAUUGCUAGGUUGAGAGAACUCCACACACUGAAAGGUCAUGUUGAAUCAGUGGUUAGAUUGAAGAACCUUGACAUAGGCACAAUUCAGCAAGCUUACACAGUCUAGGGGAAUCAUCCAAAGGCAUACUCGUAUGCACAAUGACAGCAUUUACCUGCUGUGAGAAGGCAAAAUCAGCAUGUUCUUGGUUGCAUCAUGUGAGAUGGAAAAGAUCCUAUUUCUCGCAAAUAAGGAGUGCUACAAUAACCUUUAUCUAUGUAUCUUUUACCGUCUCCACCAACAAGGAAGCUUAUUGUUUUAUGGCAUUUUAUGUUUAUAUUAGUGAGCCCUCUGGCCUUUUCAUCUUUUUGUUCUGUUGUAUUAAAACAAACUCUAAUAGUCGGUUAGUUAUUAAUCAACCCUAAAUGAACUGUUUGGCACUUAUUUGCAAGUGAUCUUAUAUAGAUGAAAUGUUGUGUGAUGGUGGUACUCUCACCAAGUUUGGACUUGCAUAAAGAGUUAAAAUUUUCACCAGGGAUUUUAGUAAUG